AUGACAGAGUCGACAAGAGACCCGGUGCCAACAGUAGCCACGGCCAGGUGCGCUGAUGAAUGCUCCAAGACGGCCGCGUGCACGAAUUUCUCCGUGGAAACGAACGGAACAUGCACGCAUCACCGGUCAGCGUCUUUAGCUGUGGCUUACAAGUUGGAGGGCGACACAUGCGAGCACGGCUGGAGAGGCGUGGGCGGCCAUUGCUAUUAUGUGGACGACACUUAUGCGGUCACGUACGAUGAGGCUAGUACUCGCUGCACUCAUUAUGGAGCAUACCUCGCUACCAUUUACAGUGACAAGGACCAGGAAACGAUCGAAACUCUGAGAAAUGAUGCGGGCCUACAUAUGACGAGCUUCUGGCUCGGAGGAUUGAUCACAACCACAACGCUACAUAACGGUACAAUCGUAAGUAGCUGGGACAACGGCGAGCCUUGGAACUACGACAACUAUGCCCCUGGGAAGCCUUCAGGAGAUGGACAAUGUAUCAUAAUGAUGGGCACCGACCAGAAUUCCACGUGGUAUGACGGCGUUUGUGAAAUCCCUCAACACUUUGUUUGCGAGAAGUAA